UUGGUUUCUUUCUACAGCUCCAUUUUCAGUCCGGCAGCACGCAUUACUCUGCGUACAAAAUGAUUGAACACCAGAUUGCAAUUCAGUAUCUCCAGAUGAAAUGGCCACUGCUUGAUGUCCAGGCAGGGAGCCUCCAGAGUAGACAAGCCCUCAAGGAUGCCCGGUCCCCAUCACCGGCACACAUUGUCGGCCCCCUCCCUUGCUGCACUCAGGGACAUGACUGUCAGCACUUCUGCCCCCCCUCAGACUUCACUGUCAGCACUCAAGUCUUCAGGGACAUGAAAAGGAGCUACUCCUUACAAAAGGUUGGGGAGCCCUGGUGUAUGGAGUCGAACAAAGUGCCGGUGGUGCAGCACCCUCACCAUGUCCACCCCCUCACGCCUCUUAUCACGUACAGCAAUGAACACUUCACCCCGGGAAACCCACCUCCACACUUACCAGCCGACGUAGACCCCAAAACAGGCAUCCCACGGCCUCCGCACCCUCCAGAUAUAUCUCCGUAUUACCCACUAUCGCCCGGCACCGUAGGACAAAUCCCCCAUCCGCUAGGAUGGUUAGUACCACAGCAAGGUCAGCCGGUGUACCCAAUCACGACAGGAGGAUUCAGACACCCCUACCCCACAGCUCUGACUGUCAACGCUUCCAUGUCCAGCUUUCUGUCUUCUAGGUUCCCUCCCCAUAUGGUCCCACCACAUCAUACUCUACACACGACCGGCAUCCCCCAUCCGGCCAUAGUCACACCAACAGUUAAACAGGAAUCCUCCCAGAGUGACGUCGGCUCACUCCAUAGCUCAAAGCAUCAGGACUCCAAAAAGGAAGAAGAAAAGAAGAAACCCCACAUAAAGAAACCUCUUAAUGCAUUCAUGUUGUAUAUGAAGGAAAUGAGGGCAAAGGUCGUAGCUGAGUGCACAUUGAAAGAAAGCGCGGCCAUCAACCAGAUCCUCGGGCGAAGGUGGCAUGCACUGUCCAGAGAAGAGCAAGCGAAAUACUACGAGCUGGCCCGGAAGGAGCGACAGCUUCACAUGCAGCUGUACCCCGGCUGGUCCGCGCGGGAUAACUAUGGGAAGAAGAAGAAGAGGAAAAGGGACAAGCAGCCGGGAGAGACCAAUGAACACAGCGAAUGUUUCCUAAAUCCUUGCCUUUCACUUCCUCCGAUUACAGAUGCAAAUACUCCAAAGAAGUGUCGGGCACUGUUCGGGCUUGACCGACAGACUUUAUGGUGCAAACCGUGCAGGAGAAAAAAAAAGUGCGUUCGCUACAUACAAGGUGAAGGCAGCUGCCUCAGCCCACCCUCUUCAGAUGGAAGCUUACUAGAUUCGCCUCCUCCCUCCCCCCACCUGCUAGGCUCCCCUCCGCGCGACGCCAAGUCACAGACUGAGCAGACCCAGCCUCUCUCGCUGUCCCUGAAGCCCGAUCCCCUGGCCCACCUCUCCAUGAUGCCUCCGCCGCCCGCUCUCCUGCUUGCCGAGGCCACCCAUGGCAAGGCCUCUGCCCUCUGUCCCAACGGGGCCCUGGACCUGCCUCCCGCCGCUCUGCAGCCUCCCAUCGUCCCCUCCUCAUCACUUGCACAGCCGUCAACAUCUUCCUUACAUUCCCACAACUCUCUGGCCGGGACCCAGCCCCAGCCCCAGCCGCUGUCCCUCGUCACCAAGUCUUUAGAAUAGCUUUAGCGUCGUCAGCCCCGGUUGGUUGGUUUCGUGUUCUGUUUUGCGUUUCUUUUUCUCGCCCCCUGCUUUGGAAGGUUCUGUUUUGUACUCUUUUCAUUUUGUGCCAUGUGCCUACAUUAGUUGAUGUUUAUCGAGUUCAUUGGUCAAUAUUUGACCCAUUCUUAUUUCAAUUUCUCCUUUUAAAUAUGUAGAUGAGAGAAGAACCUCAUGAUUCUACCAAAAUUUUUAUCAACAGCUGUUUAAAGUCUUUGUAGGGUUUAAAAUAUAUAUAUAUAUACAUAACUGUUAUGUAGUUCGGAUAGCUUAGUUUUAAAAGACUGAUUAAAAAACAAAAAGAAAAAAAAAAGAUGCGAUUUCGAAGCAGCCCUCCAGAAGGAGUUGGUUCUGUAUUAUUUGUAUUAAAUACGAGCUUGCAAACCAAUCAUUUUACAUCUGGUUUAUAAACCAUGAAGGCAUGACGAAUGCAGUGCCCUGACUUUUGU